AUGAACGAUAGUAACGUCUCUGGUAUGGUCUGGGAAUCGGCUGUUCCGCCAUCGUUGCAAUUUGCUUUUGGAGUAACUGGAAACAUUACUGCUUUAUUAAUAUUAGUUUGUUCAUCAACGACACACAAAUGGCAGACGUUCUACAAACUUGUUGCAGGACUAGCAUUAACGGAUGGCGGGGGCAUUCUGCUUAUGUAUCCGCCCAUCCUAGCUCGAUAUGCAACGGAUUUUACCUUUCACUUUCCAGAAAAUUUGUGUGCCUACAAUUCUUUUCUUACUCCUUUCACUAUUUUAUCGUCUGCUUUGAUUGUCUGUGCUAUGUCCAUAGAUCGCUUUAUGGCUGUCUAUUUUCCUUUCUACUACAGGGGUGACAGAAAGCGCGCUGUGUUUGCGCUUCUAUUCAUAUGGACAGGUGGAGCCUUGAUUUCCAGCCUACAUCUAAUGGGACUGGGCUCAGUCUACUAUUUUUAUCCGGGUUCUUGGUGUUUCCUGAAUUUCGUCAGUGACGAUACUUUUGACCGUGUGAACGCCUCUAUAUACUCAGGUCUGGGACUACUGGCACUCUUCGUGACAGUGUUCCUGAACAUCUCAGUCAUAGCGGCGCUUGUAAAGGGUUUUAAUCAUACUGAAGGUCAUCUCCGUCGCGUCAAAAAAGAUGUCUACAACAUCGUUUUUCUUUCUGCUAUUGUUCUUGUCUCGGGACUUUGCUUGACUCCAUUAAUGUGGAGAAUAUGUUCUAUUGCCUGGAAAUUAAGCAGUGAAAAUCAGGGAACAGAACUUCUUGUUUUGAGAUUAGCUGUAACUAACUCCAUAGUGGAUCCAUGGAUUUAUAUACUGCUGCGGAAGGAGACAGUAAAAUACCUUCACAAAAAACUAGUGCAGUGUAAAUAUUGUGUUGAUCAGAACUAA